AUGGGCACUAUCGGCCAUGGGCCUGCCGCCCUGCCCCAGCCGCCGCCGGACCUCAACUUCACCAUCUCCGUCGAAGGCGUCGUCCGCUGCAAGAGCUGCCGCUACGCCGGCUACGUCCGCGCCAUGGACGCGUCGCCGCUCCCCAAUGCCGCGGCGCUGCUGCGGUGCCGGCGCGGCGACGGGCGGGCGCUGUCCGUGUGGAACGCCACGGGCGCCGACGGCCACUUCCUGAUCCAGGCGGACUGGGCGUCGGCGCCCUUCAAGAGCAAGGACUGCAAGGUGUACGUGCCGCGGUCGCCGGCCAGCGGGUGCGCCGCCGCCGUCAGGCCCGCCGCCAGGAAGGGGGCGCCGCUCAAGUUCCGCAGGUUCGUGCCGCUCCCCGGCCAGCUGCAGGCACGCUACUCCGCCGGCAACUUCACGUUCGCGCCCGAGGAGCCGGCCAAGUGCUAGCUGCUGGAUGACCAUGCAGUAGCCGAUUCUGGACG